AUGACUGCGGUAUUCGAUGGUUUAAGACAAGUCAACGAUGCCAUACCUUACAAAUCAAUGGAGAUGCAUAACAAAGAUGGCUCUUAUGCUACACACCAGGUAAAUGCCUCUAUGCAUCAAGAACCAGAUACGGUAAAGCUCAUUAAGGAAAUUGGCACGCAAGGUAUCAUUGAAGGGCAAGGUGCUAAAUUAGAUGCUAUUAUUCGUCAUGUAAAACAUAUCAAGACAAUGAGCAAUGGUAAAUGUGUUAUCUUUUCGCAAUGGUCUAAAGCACUCGACAUGCUCAAGGCUGGUUUAGCUGCCAAUGACAUCAAGUACUUGAGUUUGAAUACAGGUGCUGCACUCAAUAGAAAAAAUGUUAUCCACUUUCAGAAUGACCCUACUAUCAAUGUCAUUUUGCUCGAUGCACGUAGUCAGUCAAGUGGCCUUACUUUGGUUGCUGCUCACACAGUGUUUAUUGUUGAACCUGUGAUUAAUGAGUCUAUAGAAAAGCAAGCCAUUAAUCGUAUCCAUCGUAUUGGACAAACAAAAGAAACACAUGUAUUUUGGUAUAUCGUACAGGAUACGAUUGAAGAACGCAUCCAGGCUAUUCAUGACAUGAAAAGAGACAACAAAAACCUACAAGACACACAAUUGGCUAAAAUAUCAGAUGGUGGUGGUGAAUUUGUCAACAAUGAUGACUUGCGUAAAUGCUUUACAAUGAAUAGUUUAUAUUAA